AUGGACGAGCAUGGAUUUGAAGCAAGAUUAAGACAUCUGGAGCAUGUUCUCCUAGGACAGAACAUCACACAACCGAAAGGAAGUAACGAACCACUGGUCAAAAGAGUAAUAGCGUUACAAAAAGAACUAGAUGCCGUAUACAAGAACAACAAGCCUAUACGAGACUUUGUUACAAAGUACGAUACUCAUGCCAAGCUUCUCAAUCCCAACACGUCGACAUAUACCAUGGAAAGAGAGAUUCUUGCACCCGACGUGAAAUUGGAGCUCUUACUCACAGCAAAUGAUGAUCUCGAGAAGUUUGCUCAGGAGGUCAAGCAAGUCAAGGAUUUAGAAUACGUUGUGAGUGGAUCCGAGUUUGAAGUAAUAGAGACAUUGGGCCCUGAAUUGGCAUCGUUGGAGGUGACACACACAGAUCAGAUCUCUGAACUGAACCAAAUUACAAAGCAAGUGUCUGAUUUUAUGGAACGAUACAAUCAUACUGUCAACACGUUGUCCGAGAUUUUUAUUCAAUGGGACCAUAUUCUUACGAACAUGGAGUCGCAUGUGGGCGCACUCGAACGCCAGAAGACUGCUGCUUAA